AUGGCUUCGAUUGCGCGUCUCUUGGGAAGUCGCUCCCACGGCACUGUCACGCGGCUGCAAGAGGAUGCCUCCGUGGCAGUCCAUGAGGACUCCCCAGACGUGUCACUUGUCGGGCAUGGCGGGAGCGCGCGCGAGAAGCCGACGGCGACGACGGCGACGACGGCGACAAUGACAGCUAACGAGAGAGUUGUCGACCGCAGCAACCAGCGCGCAAAGAACCAGUUCCGGUCCCGCGUCGGAAAGGGUGGUGCUACCAGCUACCAGCUACGCCAGUACGCCGAGGUGACCCUUGGCGGAGGCAGCCUCCGCAAGGUCGUGAAGCUCCCCGAGGGCGAGGACGAGAAUGAGUGGCUCGCGGUCAACAUGGUCGACUUUUACAACCAGAUUAACCUGCUCUACGGAGCCAUUACCGAGUUCUGCUCCCCGCAGUCCUGCCCCGAGAUGAAGGCCACGGAUGAAUUCGAGUACCUCUGGCAGGACAACGACAACUAUAAGAAGCCCACAAAGAUGGCAGCACCCGCAUAUAUCGAACAGCUCAUGACCUGGGUACAGGCCAAUAUUGACAACGAGCAAGUGCUACCAAGUAAAAUUGGCGUCCCAUUUCCCAAGUCGUUCCCAGCUCUCGUUCGCCAAAUUUUCAAGCGCAUGUACCGUGUGUACGCACACAUCUACUGCCACCACUAUCCCGUCGUCCGCGAACUCGGCCUCGAGCCCCAUCUCAACACAAGCUUCAAGCAAUACGUCCUGUUCAUCGACGAGCACAGCCUUGCCAGCGGCCGCGACUACUGGGGCCCCCUUGGGGAUCUGGUCGAUAGCAUGCUGAAGAGCGACUAA